AUGACUUCCUUCUUUGUCCAAUGGCAGCUAUGGCAACAGAUGACGUUUGUUCUGGCGUGCUGCAUAGCCAUAGUCUUUCUCAUCGGCCUCGUGAAACUGUGGCAGAACAAUCGAGAACUCCGAAAGUACGAGGUGCUUGACGAGGAACGACGCUCGCGGAUGACGGACAUGAAGCACUGCGGGAUCCGCCACUUGAGCUACUCCAAUGUUCCGUUUGGCGUGCGAGCCAUCGAACGCGGCGUCGAGGUGGAGGGCAUAUGGAUAGCCGGCUCCGGUCCAGCCGUGGCUGGUCGGGAUGCCUCCUCUGCGUCUGCAGCCUCGGCCUCGGCGGUCCAGGACUCGAUCCCGGCGGUUCCUGGUGGACGGGGAACUGUGUAUUACAGCUUGGAAGAUGCCCAGCACAAGGUUGGAGAGUCGUCAAGCUCGCCAUUGACUCGAACGAGUGCACCGUCGCAACCACCCAGCGCGCAUCCCGUGGCCGGGUGUUCCGACUACGCCGUGGAACGCAAAGACGAGAACAGGUGUGUGCCGGCAACGACGGACGGCACGGCAUACAGACCAUCCGGGUCGGAGAGGCUUUCUUUGCAGGGAUCAGAGAGAAGCUUCACGCUGUCGCCUCAACAGGUUGCCAGGCACAGACCAAGAUCGAGGGCGGUAUCACUGGACUCGAGCGUCGUCGACAACCUGCAGAACACGAGACAGGUCUACGGCUCUGCUCAGGUAUUCGUCAACAGGACGCAUCGCAGGCUGAAAGCUGGGUUUGAGGUCCUGCCGGCGGGGACAUUUGGCGCUCGCUCCGAAUUUGCAGCCGCCAGGCUUGCUUCAAGGCCGCAACGCCAUAGCAUAGAAUUGCAGACCCGGCCAACGCCGUCGAAACUACAAAAGCAAAGGCGGUAG